AUGAGCCGAAACCGGCAGCGCGGCAACAACAGCAACCUCCUACCAUCGGCACUGGAACCGUCCGGAAUCCACGGCGAGCAACAGCAGCAGCAGCAACAGUGUGGCUUCGAGCAGCGGCUGCAGGCAAACGCGCGGGAACGCUACCGGACGCACAGUGUCAACGCGGCGUUCAGCACCCUGCGCCAGCUCAUCCCGACCGAGCCGAAGAACCGCAAGCUGUCCAAGAUCGAAACGCUCCGGCUGGCGAAGAGCUACAUCUCGCACCUGGUCGCCGUGCUGGUGACCGGCAACAGCCAGCGACCCUGCGGUGGCAUCGAGCAUCCCGCACCGAGCGGCCACAACCUUCGGCGACCCAACGACCAGGACGAACCGGCACCGGAAACUGGACGCCCAACAAUCUGCACGUUCUGCGUCACGUUCGACAAGUGCUAG